ACUGAAUCAAAAACCCGAAGUCGCCACUCGAACCCCUCCUUUGAAAAUUUUGAAAAUAAAUUUUAACAAUUUGAUAAUAGAAUAUAUGAAUGUUUGUUAUCUGAAAAACUUUAAAUAUCUUUUAGAAACGAUUUGUGUUUAGUUUUUGCAUAAACUCAUCCUUCUAACGAAACUUACUGAUUCGGCAACUAACGGUUAUACUCGGUUUGAGCGGCGCCAUCUUAGUUUUUGAACAAAGCUAGCAGCGAGCCGGUCAGUAGUGCGUCGAGCUUUCAUCGUUACAAGUGGAAUCGAUCCCAAACAAAAUAUAAACAAAAUGAGUUCCAAAGAAAAUAACGAAGUUGCAGUUGAAAAAUUAGACAACGAAAAAAGUGCUGAUGGUAAAACCGAUUUAAAAGGCACGAAGCGAGCGGCAGAGGAAAAGACAGAGGAUGCCAAGAAAUCGAAAAAAGAAGAGAAUGGUGCAAAAUCAGAAGGAGAAGAGUUAGUUGAAGAGGAGGAAGAAGGUAUAGAAGAGGAAGAAGACACGGGAGAGGAAGAUGUUCCAGAAGGAGACGAUGAAGAAAUAGAGGCUGAAGAUGAAGAAGAUGCAGAGGGUGAGGUAGAAGAAGAAGAGGAAGAUGAAGAUGCAUAAUAAAGUGGGUGCCGUCAACCCCUGUGAACAAUUCUUGACGGACUAUCUCAGUGCGAAGUCUCGAGUUACUUUGUGGACUAUUCAUUAUAUAAUUUUUUUUUAAAUUAGUCGUUGUUCAGUGCGCAUUAAACGCCAGAAUGUUCCACGUCACCGUUGUUAUAUUAAUUCAUCAUGGAUUCACUGUUAAAAUAUCAUCCUCCUACAUUUAUCAUCCACAGGCUACCUCGUGACCUUUGCCGGUAGAGCAAGGGCUCUUCAGUGACCGUGAGAACUGCACGUGACCCGCGGUACCUGACUUUCUAACUUAUUACGUAUCCCCUUCAAUUUGUAAAAAAUGUCCAUUUUGUGUAAAGAUAGAUAUUAAAUUUAGUUUAAGUUGGUUGCAUGCAAAACGAUUUUUUUGGUUUCCAUACAUUGAAUUUUGUCAUAUAAAUUUAUUUACUAAAUAAUUGUACAAAAAACCUAUUUGUAAAACCGUAAAUUUCCACUACCAGAAAGUCUUGAAACACAAAAUAAUGGAAUAAAGUUUUUAAAAUUGGUUUUGAAUCGUUAUCAUAUAACGAUUCAACCGAUUUUUUAGAGACGAGGGAGACAGAAGGGCAAUAAAGCGUUACUGUAGGCUAAAUAGAACUUAGUCUAAUCCGUUUUUUAGAUCAGUGUGUUUUUCUUGUAUGUAUGAUAUUGUAAUUAUUUUUUUUAAUUAAUUUUUUAUUUAAAAAUUUGCGUUUGAUUAGCGAGUGCUAGUUUUCGCAUUUUUUUAUUCAACACGUCAAAUGUCUACCGAAAAUUAUUCAAAAAAAACUUGUCAGAAUUUUGUACUGUUUUCAAAUCACUAAAACUGUUGAAACAUUUGUUUAGUUAAUAAUUUCCAUCGUUUAUGCAUUUUAUCUGUGGAGGAAUUCAAUCUCCACAGGUAGAAUUCUGAUUUACUACAGUGUGCUACGAAAAGUAUGGAGUUACCAAAAACUUCCAAUACAUAAAUGCUUGAAUCGUAGUACAUCGACGGUGCUAGAUUUUAACGCGAUUAAAGCGAAUUAUUGAAUUAGGUAUCGCCGUUUUAGUUCUUUUUGGUAAUUACAUACUUUUAGAUGUUCUUAUUUUGAAAUUUAAAUUUAAUUUGGGGGGCGGGGAGGUAUGUUUCUUUUUGUAUAAUUUUGAUUUGACAUUUGGCACUGGUUCAUUCCAACUUAAUUUAAACGACAAUUUGGGUGGUCGCUCGCCUCGAUUCGAUAUAUUUUUACUACAGAGAAUGUUUUAUGAACUGAUUGUCUACUUAACAUGAUGAUCUUCGUAGAAAUUCAUUUUGUAACAGUGCUGUAUGAUUUUGAGUGAUUAUAAACGAUGGAUACAAAUUGUUUCAUAA